AGGUGGCCAAGCUUUUUGCCAUAUUAAAAUCCACUUGUGGCGACUGUGUUAGUGAAUGACAGCUAGGCUAGCGACUAGAUUCGACCCGGCAACUGCCUAGAUUAUCAAUUUACUGUUGUUUAGACCAUAAUACCAAUAUCAAAAUGUUUGAGGAGGCUAGUGAGGUGUUCGAUAACAUGUUUAAGUCCUCUUUCCCCCUGACUUUCAUUGUGUUUAUCCCCGCGGUACUGAUUCUCGUCUCACCCCUUCCAGCCGAAGCGGCACAUGAAUUCACCGUGUACCGCAUGCAGCAGUAUGACCUGCAGGGACAACCGUACGGGACCAGGAAUGCCAUAUUGAACACAGAAGCGCGCACAGUGGAGGCGGAAGUGCUAAGCCGCCGCUGUGUCAUCAUGCGGCUUGUGGACUUCUCCUAUGAGAGAUACCAGAAAGCCCUGCGCCAGUCCGCUGGGGCUGUGGUCAUCAUUCUCCCCAAGAAUAUGUCCACCAUGCCGCAGGACAUAGUACAGUUCAUGGAGCUGGAGCCAGAGAUGCUGGCCACAGAGACCAUUGUUCCGGUUUACUUUGCUCUGGAGGAUGAUGAGCUGCUCUCCAUCUACACACAGACCCUCACCUCCUCCUCCUCCCAGGGCUCCUCCUCUGCAGCUGAAGUGCUGAUCCACACAGCCACAGCAAAUGGCUUUCAGAUGGUGACGAGUGGGGCUCAGAGCAAGGCAGUGAGUGACUGGGCCAUCACCAGUCUAGAGGGGCGACUGGCUGGAACUGGGGGAGAGGACCUGCCCACCAUUGUCCUGGUGGCUCACUAUGACUCCUUUGGUGUCGCUCCGUGGCUGUCCUAUGGAGCAGACUCUAACGGCAGUGGGGUGUCUAUGCUGCUGGAGUUAGCCAGGCUCUUCUCCAGACUCUACACCUACAAGAGGACACACGCUGGAUACAACCUGCUUUUCUUUGUCUCUGGAGGAGGGAAGUUCAACUACCAAGGCACCAAGCGCUGGCUGGAGGACAACCUGGACCAUACAGACUCUAGUCUGUUGCAGGACAAUGUGGCAUUUGUGUUGUGUCUGGACACCCUGGGGAACGGGGACAGUCUGCACCUUCACGUGUCCAAACCCCCUAAAGAGGGAACCGCCCAGUAUGCCCUGCUCAAAGAGCUGGAGACUGUGGCGUCCAACCAGUACCCAGAGGUCAAGUUCUCAAUGGUGCACAAGAAGAUAAACCUGGCGGACGACACACUGGCGUGGGAACAUGAGCGCUUCGGGAUCCGCCGGCUGCCGGCCUUCACGCUGUCCCACCUCAACAGCCACCGCGAGGUGCAGCGCUCCAGCAUCAUGGACGUGCGGUCAGUGUCUUCUGAACAUGGAGCGGGAGAGCCCCCUGCUGGACCUCAUGUGGAUCUGAGAAAGCUCAGCAGGAACACAAAGCUGAUUGCAGAGUCGCUGGCCAGAGUCAUCUACAACCUCACGGAGAAGGGUGCCCCAGGUGACCUACAGAUUUUCACUGAACAAAUGAUGCAGGAGGAGCAGCUGUCGUCGGUGGUGGACUGGCUGACAGCCCAGCCACGGGCUGCCCAGCUGGUGGACAAGGACAGCAGCGUGGUCAGCACCCUGGAGUACCACCUGGGACGGUACCUGAAGGACGUCCGCAGGCACUACGUCAAGGCUGACAAGAGAGACCCAGAGUUUGUCUUCUACGAUCAGCUCAAACAGACCAUGAAUGCUUACAGGGUGAAACCAGCCAUCUUUGACCUGCUUCUGGCAUUCUGCAUCGCAGCUUACCUCGGAGUGAUAUAUCUGUCCAUCCAGCACUUUGUGGUUCUCUACAGUGUGGUGCGCAGAAUCACAACGCCCAAGACCAAGCAGCAUUAAGACACUCCUCUUCCUCAUUCAGACUCCUCACUCACACCGACAACGAGCUCUAGCCAGUAACAAAACGGGGGCGGACCAUGCAGCUCAUCUUUUUUUUCUUUUUUUACCACCCAAUCUAUGUCCUUUGUUCCUCUUUGGAAAUGAAACGUGUUGAAUCAUUUCUCUCUGCCAAGCUUAGCCAUCUAGUCAGUUCCUUCAAUGGCUGUCAAGUCAGAAUGCACUCUGGUCUUCCUGUCCCCGUGAAAUCAGAUGUCAAACAUUUCCUCGUACGCCCAAUCCCACAUCAACUCCUAGUCCCUAAACCCUAUUUUCCCCUAUGAUCUGAGAGAAUUUGAUAGGUGUCAGAAAUAUGGUAAUAGUGUUACCUUGUGCUCAGAUAGGCUAGGUGACAUUUUCACCAGUUUGCUUAUACCUAUCCAGUCCUCUCCAUAAGGAAUAGGUACUAGGGGUUGAUGUAAGAUUGAACAUUUCUAUACCCACAGCUCACUCCUCAGUGCCCUAUAGUGUGAAUUUUGCCAAACUACAAUGGGUCGUCUUCUUGGGCAGCUAUGGAGUAGCAUGAGUGUGCAGGAGUAGCAGUGAGACUUGGUAAUAUUGUUUGGAUGGAUGGUUGAUAUAUUUGGUCACCCUGACUAGAUUUAUUUUUCUAUAGGAUAAUUUUUUUUCUUUAAUCCCAAUUAACUAAUUAAAUAAUGCUUUCAGAAAGUAUUCAUACACCUUGACUUAUUCCACAUUUUGUUGUUACAGCCUGAAUUCAAAAUGGAUUAAAUUGUUUUUUUUCCUCACCCAUCUACACACAAUACUCCAUAAUGACAAAGUGAAAAAAUGUUUUAAGAUUUUGUAGUAAUUUUUUUGCACAACCCUGAGUCAGAUGUUAGAAUCACCUUAGACAGUGAAUACAGCUGUCAGUUUUACACACCUGGAUUGUACAAUAUUUGCACAUUACUCUUUAUACAAUUCUUCAAGCUCUGUCAAGAUGAUUGUUGAUCAUUACUAGACAGCGAUUUUCAAGUCUUGCCAUAGAUUUUCAAGACGACUAAGUCAAAACUGUAACUAGGCAACUCAGGAACAUUCAAUGUCGUCUUGAUAAGCAACUCCAGUCUAUAUUUGGCCUUGAAACUCCCAGUGUCUGUUGGAAAGCAGACUGAACCAGGUUUUCCUCUAGGAUUUAGUCUGUGCCUAGCUUUAGUCUGUUUAUUUUUAUCCUAAAAAACUCCCUAGUCCUUGCGGAUGACAAGCAUACCCAUAACAUGAUGCAGCCACCACCAUGCUUGAAAAUAUGAGAGUGGUACUCAGUGAUGUGUUGGAUUUUCCCCAAACAAAGCGCUUAGUUAAUUUCUUUCUCACAUUUUUUUUGCAGUAUUGGAGUAUUUUUGUGUACAAGCUUCCUUCUAUUCAUUCUGUCAUUUAGAUUAGUAUUGUGGUGUAACUACAAUGUUGAUCAUCCAUGCUCAGUUUUCUCCUAUCACAGCCAUUAAACUCUUAACUGUUGUGAAAUCCCUGAGCCGUUUGCUUCCUCCGGUAACUGAGUUAGAAAGGACGCUUUUAUCUUUGUAGUGACUGGGUGUAUUGAUACACCAUCCAAAGUGUAAUAAUUUCACUAUGCUCAAAGGCAAUGUCUGCUCUUUUUUUUUUUUUUUUCCUAGGUGCCCUUUGCGAGGCCUUGGCAAGCCUCCCUGGCCUUUGUGGUUGAAAUUCACUUCUCGACUGAGGGACCUUACAUGUUAACCACUAUUAUUGCACACAGAGUGAAUCCAUGCAACUUAUGUGACUUGUUAAUAAGCACAUUUUUACUCCUGAACUUAUUUAGCCUUGCUAUAACAAAGGGGUUGAAUACUUACUGACUCAAGACAUUACAGGUUUUCUUUUGUAAUUAAUUUGUAAAAAAUAUCUAAAAACAUAAUUCCACUUUGACAUUAUGGGGUAUUGUGUGUAGGCCAGUGACACACAAUCUCAAUUUAAUAAAUGUUUUAUUCAGGCUGUAACACAACAAUGUGGAAAAGGUUGAGGGGUGGGUGUGAAUACUUUCUGAAGGCAGUGUAUGUAUGAAUAAGAACAUGCAUUUAGAAUGAUAAAUUGUCCCCCAUACUACCCAUUGCCAUCACUAGAGUAAGUACGGUUAUAGAAUGGAUUUUUUUUUCUUUUUUUUUCUCGGUUUCACCCCUUUGUAGACUAGUUUACUAGUGUUACUACAGUAUGCGACUUACUUAGUUUUGAUUACAAAUGCCCUUUUUAAAAUGUGAAAACAUUAGACCCUCCCCUCCCACAAAUAUGUUAAUCAGAUGUAUGCAGUGUUGCAGUAAGGUCACAGACUGAGACAGAAUCGUGUUGGGAGAUUAUCUGGACAUGUCUAUUGCAACACGGUGAGCUCUACAUCGAUGUGCAGACACAGCACGUUGAAAUCCCCCCUUGCUCUCAUCAAUUAAAGUCUUAAGACAUGACGUUGGUAGAUCAAAUUGGACCUUUUGGACGGAGUCUGGUAAUGUCAAUGUGUUGUCCCUCGUCUUCGUCUAUAUCCCUUACGGUCGUUGAUCUUGAGGGCAGAGGAGACAACGCUUGUGUGCUGUGGUUGGCAUGCAGUAUCACAUGUAGGAAUCCCAUAACGCUCUCGCAGUCAGUGAGAGCAAAUGGACUGGUAAGAUUCACCUAUCAACACAAGGUAAAAAACUGGUAUAUAUAUUUACAUUUUUAUUUAUUGAAGCACACUAUGCUAAACUGCACCGACUUGAACUCUCAAGACUCUUUUUGUCCAACACCUACAUUUUACCUUUGUCUCGACUGUUUUACCUGGUCCACGUAAACUUGAUUCUUGCAAUGAAAAAUGACAAAGAAUAAAUUAAUUUGUUGAAAUAAGUCAGACGCAGGUUUCUUUUUUUUAAUUCACAUGUUUUAUCUUAAGGGAAAACAUGAUACAAUAACACUGGUUGAAUGUAAUUAUUUAAAAAAUGUAUUACAAAAGAGUAAGUGCCUGUCAUUCCCAAGUGGUUGUAUUUAGAAAGUGGUCAGAUUGAAACUUUUAAGUGCCCAGAUUUCUUACAAAUGAUAAUUCUCCCUGAAUUUUUUCCCCCCCUAAUAAACAAAACAAAUGACAAGUGCAAUUUGUAAGAAACCCCUGUGUGGUGUAAGCCCUUCAUAUUCACUACAACCUCCCUCUUUCUCCUCCAGCCACUCGGGUCUCAACCAGGCCUCUCAUCAGAACACUUCUCGGUGAUAAAGAUCAAUAUUUUUGGCACAUUCUUAAAGCAUUAAACUAUCAAAAGGAAAUGCAUAGAACAAUACUUCUUCCACAAAAUGUUUUCACAUUUUCAUCCUGAACCGUGGAUGGACUUUUUGUAUUCAAUGCUGGUCAAAAAGAACAGCGAAAUCUGCCUCGAAAUUAAACUUAAAAUGACUGACUGCUACUCUUAACUUUUUUUUGUGUGAAUUUGCUGUGAGUAGUUUCACCUCACAAAGCCAAUCAGGUUGUUGGUGUUUUAUGUCUGGUGGAGAGGACAGACCGGGAGAGAGCUGGGCCGAGGUGGAGGAAAAGUGCACACGUCUUCGUGGACAGUACCACGGGAGAAAUCAGGGCACCUCAUCAUGUGUAUCUAACAAUUAACAGAUGCAUACACAGGAAAAGGGACACGACUGGAUUACAAAACAGUGUUCUCAGAAACAGCAGCAAUUAAAAAAAAAAAACUAGAAUAAUAAUGACAAUGUUUGAAUGUAAAAUCAAAAGCUAGGUUAUGCUGGGCACUGGCACUAGUGGUAGCUGGGGACUGAAAGACCACAACUAUGAACACUUCUACCUGCCCACAUCUGUGGACUGUUCCAGCACAAGCAUGCUGUUCAUCAUAACGAAAGAGCUUGAAUUUGAUCAUAAAGGACAGCACCCCCUCUAAGUCACAGCAAAGAAAAACCUGGAGAUUCGCAGCACACAGGCACACACAACCAGGAGCACAUUCAAAUGCAAAGAGGAUAACCAAACCUUUUGGACUGUGUGGUGGUGUCUGCUUGAAUGACUUCACUUUUUUAAAGAUGAGUUCUGCACAUUGAUAAAGGAUACGAUUAUGUAGUUCUUUCUUCAUUUGUGUUAUUAAAAAAUGACUUCAUAGCACAUUCCAAAAACCAUUGUAGUGUCAUGCAUUCCUGAAUAUCAUAUGUGCAUAUAUGUUUUUUAAAUAUUUGAUUUUGAUCUUCUUUUACACAAGGGCCCUUUGCUUUCUGUGAACUACCAACAUAUUGGUUAUUAAGAUGAGUCAAAUCCAUUUCUUUCCACGAAAUCAUAAGGUUGAUGCUCAA